UCACUUCAUUUAACUAAAUAGUACUUGUUAGAACGAUCUGAAGAUGAGUCUCCUUAUAUUUUUCCUGAUAUUAUAUGUAGCGAAUGCAAAUGAAGUACCAAAAGUAACUAUACCCAACUUGGGUGAAAUCCAAGGAAAAUUCGACAACAGUUUAAAUGGGAGAAGUUUCUACGCGUUUGAAGGAGUACCCUACGCGCAACCACCUGUCGGGGACCGCAGAUUUAAAAAACCCGUUCCCCGAAAACCAUGGAAAGGUACUUUGAUGGCUAAAACCAUCUACAAGUGUAUGCAGUACGACCAGUACGCGCUACCAGGACACGACCCAGUGACAGGCGACGAAGACUGCCUCUACAUCAACAUCUACACCCCAACGUUAGACCAAAACGCCAACCUCGACGUCAUUAUUUACAUCCAUGGAGGUGCCUUCAUGUUCCUCUACGGAGGUUUCUACGGCCCCCAUUUCCUCCUCGACAAGAACGUCGUCUUCGUCAACCUAAACUAUCGCCUCGGACCUCUAGGUUUCCUAAGUACCGAAGACGACGUAGUACCUGGCAAUAACGGAAUUCGAGACCAAAUUGUGGCUUUAACUUUUAUCAAAGACAACGUGAAGUACUUCGGUGGCAAUCCCGAUUCGAUUACCGUUUUUGGAAUGUCGGCAGGGGGUGCUAGUACUCACAUUCACUACCUCAGCCCCAAAUCGAGAGGGCUUUUUCAUAGAGCGAUGUCUCAGAGUGGUACCGCGCUAAACCCGUGGGUUUUAAUGGAACAGCCGCUCCAGAAAACUAAAAAACUUGCUGCCAGUCUUGGGUGUGGGGCCAAAAAGGUUGACCAUAUGGUGGAAUGUUUGAGAAAAAGAUCGGGUCGACAAGUUGUAGCGUCAGUGAAGGAGUUUCUACCCUGGUUGUAUAAUCCGUUUUCGCCGUUUGGGGUCGUGGUGGAUAGUUGGUCAUCGGAUCCGGUGUUACCGGACCACCCUUACAACUUAAUCAAAAGUGGAAAAGUGAACGAUAUACCGUGGAUUGUGUCGCAAACCGAUUUCGAAGGACUUUAUCCUUCUUCAGAUUUUUUGCAAGAUCGACAUCUACAACAGAUUGAUACUCGUUGGAAUGAGCUUCUACCUUUCAUUCUAGACUACAACUAUACAGUAGAUGCCAAACUUCGCGAUGACGUUAGUCAAAAGAUCAGAAAGCAGUACUUGGGGGAGAGGAAAGUCGACAAAGACAGUUUCGUUGAUUUUACCCAUAUUUUAUCCCAUCGAUUGUUCGAUUUGGAUAUACAGAAAACUGCCAAACUCCAAGCGAGUGUUGUUUCUUCCCCCAUCUACUUCUAUCUUUUCACGUACUGUGGGGCACACGCGUGGUACGAAACCAUCGCUGAGAGAAGAAAAGACUUCGGGGCUUCUCAUGCUGAAGAUACUGCUUAUCUUGUAUCGACGCCUACAGCGGACACAGCGACUACCGAAGAAGAUAGAUUGAUGAUUAAAUUCUUCGUGGAGAUGAUGACGUCUUUUGCGAGUACUGGAGUACCGAAGGCUCCCGUUGAGUGGAAACCCAUUUCCAAAGAUCCAGAAGACGACAUUUUUGCUUUGAAAAUUGAUUCACCGAAAAAAAUAUCAAUGGAACGCGUCGCAGUAUCAACAAUAGAUUUCUGGAAGUCGUUACCGUUCAAAGAAAACGAAAAAUUGGUUGCAGACAUGAAAGACGAACUCUAAUUUUUUCUCAUAUAUGUAUAUAAUAUGUUUCUAAUUCGAAAUUUUUGUUUUUGUUUCAAGAUGUAAAUAUAGUGGGAAUAAACUUGCUAAUCACGUUGAAGUUCCAAA